AAGACCUAAAAAAAAAAGAUAUAUCUUAGCCAGAUAGGAAGAAAGUGAAAAUGUCGCUGAUACCGUUCAUAUUAGAUUUGGCCGAGGAGCUGCACGAUUUCAAUCGCAGCCUGGCAAUGGAUAUAGAUGAUUCGGCCGGAUUCGGGUUGUAUCCGCUGGAGGCCACCUCACAGUUGCCACAGCUGAGUCGUGGGUUGGGGCGUGGGAAUGCGAUGAUGUGGGUGCCCAUCAAGGGUCAGUCGGCGGCAUCGCAGCAUCGUCAUCAUCCGUACAAUCGUGUGGCCGGAGCCAAGACUGCUUGUUGCAAUAAGUCGCUGGUGGAGCUGGAAAAGGAACUGGGCGAUAAGGGCACGUCCGGGGCGAGUGGCAGCGCCAGUGGCCAACCGGCGGCCAGUAAAUCCGCCUACUCCGUGGUGAAUAGGAACGGCUUCCAGGUGAGCAUGAAUGUGAAGCAGUUCGCCGCCAACGAACUGACCGUCAAGACCAUCGAUAACUGCAUCGUGGUCGAGGGUCAGCACGACGAGAAGGAGGAUGGCCACGGGGUGAUCUCGCGCCACUUCAUCCGCAAGUACAUCCUGCCCAAGGGCUAUGAUCCCAACGAGGUGCAUUCGACCAUCUCCUCGGACGGGAUUCUGACGGUGAAGGCGCCGCCACCACUUCCAGUCGUCAAAGGCAGCCUGGAACGACAGGAGCGCAUCGUGGACAUCCAGCAGAUAUCGCAGCAGCAGAAGGACAAGGAUGCGCAGCCGCCAAAGCCGGCAGAGGUAGAACAGCAGGCGGCAGCUAGUGCCACCACUUCCACUUCAAAUCCGACUGCACCCACACCCACUCCUUCGCUCUCGCUCACUCUCGCCGAGAGCAACGGCAAUGGUCAGGAAGAGACAGAGAUGGAAGUGCCGGCUGUUUCGCCCUCCAUUUCCAAUGAGGCUGCUGCCGCUGCUGCUGUUGCAGUGGAAGCCCCUUCCACAGCAGGAACCACUUCCAGUGCCAACAAUGGCGUUGCAGAACCAGAACCAGAGUCCAUGGAAGUGGCGGUGGCCAAAAACGAAGAGACUGCCAAUGUGGAUGAACCCACACCCAAUCCCGUUAUAAGCAUCGAAAAUGAGCAAAAGGCAGAGGAUGCAAAUGCCAACGAAGUGCCCGUCGCCUCGAAUAACGGGAAUGGAGCAGUCGCAGCACCCGAGGAUGUGGAAAUGCCGCUGGCCAAGAAACCGGAAAUCUCCGCGGAAGACAGCAAAGAGGAGCAGGCGGAGAAGGUGGAUAAAGUAGAGAAAGUGGAGGAGAAGGGCGGCGAGGAACUGGCAGCCGUGGAUGCGGCCAUUCUACUGGCCAAAAACCAAGGCGAAAACGGAGCCGCUGCAGCCAAAACCGAGGAACUGGCCAAGUGAAGACUGAACUAAAAAAAAGAACAUAAAUAGUAAUUAAGAACAAAUAAUAAUCUGCACGGGUAGGCGUGCGUUUUAUUCCAUACGUGUUUCUUGUGUUUUCUUUUCUUGCAUUUCACACAAAAAAAAAUGAAGCGAGAAAGCUGACGGGAAAAGCACUCAAUUACUAAAAGUGGGAGAUUGCGGGCGUAAUAUGUAUGUAUGAUUUCCUAAAAACAUAUGUGACAACAACUACAAGUAUUCCAGUAAAACUUAAAGACAGAAACACGAAAUAAUGUACUUAAUAAAGAGGAAAACCAGAAUAAAAAAAAAACUGACGUUUUGUUUUGUUUGCCGUUAGCCGGCUGUUUCUUUUGCGCUCUUUCUAGAAAAUUGCAACAACUCUCUAGAAACUUCGGCUCUCUCACGCAUACAGGCGCACUGCCUCUAUUUUUGCGCGUAAGACAACAACUACAUUUUACAAUUUCCCGAAACUCACGGCAUUUAUUGGGUAAGAAAAGCUCCAGCGGGUAUAAAAGCAGCGUCGCUUGGCGAACAGAGCACAGAUCGAAUUCAAAAAUCGAGCAGUGAACAAGUCGGAGCAACUUUGCGCUAAAGCAAAAUUUCAAAAGAGAAAAAAAAAGGAU